UUCAAUGUGCGAAGUGGUUACAGCUAUUCAAAAAAUCGAGUGAGUUCGGGCAGUGUGAGCGGCGUUUUUGUUUUUCUUUACCUUAGAAUUGUAUUUCGUACAAUAUUUGCCCGGGCUUUCAUUCAUAGUUUAGUGGAGAAUCAGUCCGCAUUUUUGUAAACUAGCAAUUUUGUAGAGAAAGUGCGCGAUACACAAAAUGAGUUCGGCGCGCAACGAUGAUAAGACAAUUGACAUUCCCGAUCGCCUUUACGACGCCUCAACGAAAACUAAUUAUAAACGGUUACGGUUUUUUGGAAAGGGCGGUUUCGCAAAAUGUUACGAGAUCGUAGAUGUUGUUACAAACAAUGUUUAUGCCGGAAAAAUUGUCUCGAAAAAGCUCAUGAUCAAGCAUAAUCAAAAAGAGAAGAUGACCCAAGAAAUCACCAUUCACAAGAGUCUAGAUCAUCCGAAUAUAGUAAAAUUCCAUAGUUUUUUUGACGACAAUAAUAACGUUUAUAUUGUGCUGGAGCUAUGUAAGAAGAGGUCUAUGAUGGAACUUCACAAACGACGAAAAGUUAUAACAGAGUACGAAUGUAGGUUCUACAUCUACCAAAUUAUCCAAGGCGUUAAAUAUCUUCACGACCAUCGAAUCAUUCAUCGCGAUUUGAAAUUGGGAAAUCUAUUUUUAAACGACGAUCUUAACGUGAAAAUUGGCGAUUUUGGAUUAGCGACAAGAAUUGAAUUUGAAGGCGAGAGGAAGAAAACGCUUUGCGGUACCCCGAAUUAUAUUGCUCCAGAAAUUCUCAAUAAAAAAGGUCAUUCCUAUGAAGUUGAUAUUUGGUCAAUCGGAUGUGUCAUGUACACACUAUUAGUCGGUCAACCACCCUUCGAAACCAAGAGUCUGAAAGAUACAUACACUAAGAUCAAGAAAUGCGAAUACCGAGUUCCGAAUUCACUUCGAAAAACUGCUGCCGACAUGAUAGUCGCGAUGUUGCAAUCGAAUCCCGAGAAGCGGCCACGCAUUGGGCAACUUCUGAACUUUGAAUUUUUAACGUCCAGCCCCGUUCCCACUUCAUUGCCAAGCUCCUGUCUGACAAUGGCUCCACGACCAGACCUUCUGGAACAUAUUGAUCGGGCUAAUGGCUACAAGAAACGAACCCCACUCGUAGAACUUAAUGCAUUAGUAGAAGACACACGCUUCGAAUCCACAUUCCUGAAGAACAAUUUGUACGAUCCCAUCAAGGCUUCAGGGCAAACAUCUCAGCACAACGAUGAAUAUCGAGCGGAUAUUGAAAAUCUAUACACACAGCUAACUGCAUUAAUCAAUUCAAAACCUCCCAAAUUAGCAGGUAAUCUUGGAGAUGAAAACACAGAUCCAGCAGCGCAACCGCUCUUCUGGAUCUCCAAAUGGGUAGAUUAUAGCGAUAAGUACGGUUUUGGAUAUCAGCUUUGUGAUGAAGGCAUGGGAGUUAUGUUCAACGAUACAACAAAAUUGCUGAUGUUGCCAAAUGGAAUAAAUGUGCACUUCAUCGAGAAAGAUGGCAAGGAAAGUUACAUGACUGUGAACGAAUUCCCAGCAGCAUUAGACAAAAAAAUGAAAUUAUUAUCGUACUUCAAACGCUAUAUGACUGAACACUUAGUAAAAGCUGGUGCUGGCGCUGUGAUAGCCGAAGGAGACUCAAUCUCUCGACUUCCACAUUUGCACACAUGGUUCCGAACGAUGUGUGCGAUUGUUAUGCAUUUAACAAAUGGAACCGUGCAGUUGAACUUCUCUGACCAUAUUAAGAUAAUUUUGUGUCCACGAAUGAGCGCCGUAACUUAUAUGGAUAGCGAAAAGAACUUCAGAACCUACCGAUUCUCCACGAUUCAAGAAAAUGGCUGUUCGAAAGACUUAUACCAGAAAAUCCGAUAUGCUCACGAGAAACUGAAGAAACUGCUGGAAAAGUUGUCGUCAAAGAAUGUACAUAAAUAGUGGGGAGAGUUUUGAAGAUAUCUAAUUCGAAUGAAUGUAUAACAUAAGCGAAGAAAUGCAACUAGUUUUAUUAAGAAGAAAAUUCGAAAAAAAAAGAAAACUUGACAUAGAGUCAGUUGAGAGCGCAAUGAUUUACACAUUGUAGUCUCUGUUCAAUUGUUUUGUCAGACAUAGCGCUAUUUUGCCUAUUACACAGGCAUAAACACGUAUGAGAAGAAAGAAGAGCUGAUAAACUGCUGCUCAAUAAUAUCUAAAGAUGAGAAGAGAUUUUGCGAAGAUUGUAUUUCAAGGCGGACACGGUGGGUCGGCUCUUGAAAUCGAACUCUGAACUAUCUUUGGAAGACUUAUCGAAACUUAUAGAGAGUGUUAUUCUAUUUUUAUACUUUUUCAACGAGAAAGAAGUUGUUAUGAAGACAAUUUUUUACAUAGAGAAAAACAACGUUACGAAAUGAGCUGCAGAAAAAACUAUUUCAACUAUAUACGAGUAUAUUUAAUCUGCUGGAAAAUGGACUGAAAGACUGAAAAACUUUGUUCACGGCGACCAGUUUAAUUCUCUGCCUUUAGUUGAAUUUUAUAUUUGACUCAAUCAUUCCUUACUUUGGCAAAUUAGAAAAAUUUAUUUAAAAAAAUUGCAAAAUUCCCUGGAGUCGUCGUCCUGGUAAAUUUUCUGAUUAUAUUCAGUCUACAAAGUCCUCAAACUCGAUUGCUGUUAAUCGUUUCCUUCGUAACUAUUUCUUUUUAUUUAGUUUACAUUCUUCAAUCGUUUAUUUUAGUUGUUAUUAUGUGUAAUCGAUAUUUAUAAAUAAAUUGUAAUUUGAUUUAA